ACCCUGCCUCUUCCCAUUCUGCAAGAAUACUUUGAAAUCGCAAGACGGAGUGCAUUGAUUAUUGCAUCAAUCAUGGCCGAACUCACUCUUCCUUCAGCACCACACCUCUAUCCCGCCCCAUCGCAAGCCACUCUCGCAUCUCACUUUGUCGGCAAGCGGAUCAAAGACGUUCAAGCGCCAGCUGCUAUCAUUGAUGCGGCGGUUGUCCGCAGAAACUGUAACGCUCUCAGCAAUGCCAUCAAUCGACUGGGCGUUGGCUUUCGCGCUCAUGUCAAAACCCACAAGACGUUGGAGAUGACGAAGCUACAAGUCGGCGACUCAGAUGCGAAGACGAUCAAGCUGGUUUGUUCUACGGUGUCGGAGAUUGAGCAUCUGCUGCCCUGGUUGGUGGAGUGCAAAGCCCAAGGCAAAGACGUGGACGUUCUCUACGGCCUUCCUGUUGCGCCCUCUCAGGUUGCUCGACUCGGGAAGGUGGCAUCGGCUUUGGGCGAAGGUACAUUAGGCGUUUUUGUUGAUCACACGGCUCAGAUCAAGGCGUUGGAGAAUGUCAAGGGUGAUGUGUGGCCAGGCCAUAUUCCAAUCUGGGUCGCUAUUGACGUUGGAUAUCAUCGCGAAGGUGUCACAGCAAACUCAUCACAACUAGCGGAGAUUGCGCGAGUUCUCGAGACGACGAAACGAGUGAAGCUUGCUGGCCUCUACAGCCAUCUAGGCAGCUCAUAUGGCUCGGCCAGUGCAGAAGAUGCGCUUAAGUACAUGGCGGAGGAGUUGAGAGGACUCAAAGCAGGCGCCGAAGCAUUUCUCCGCGCAGGCAACAACUCACUUACCGGUAACGGCAAGAUUACACUCUCACUCGGGGCCUCGCCAACUGCAACAGCCACGCAGAACCUCUUUGGCGGCGUGUCGGCAGUCCACGAAUACCGCAGUCUAAUCGACGAGGUGAAGCAGAACUUCGAACUAGAAUUCCACGCCGGAGUGUACUGUGUCAACGAUUUGCAGCAAUUAGCAGCUCACGCAACACACGAUCGCACCUACGAUGAUAUCGGCUUCCGCAUUCUGGCAGAGGUAGCAAGCGUGUAUGCGGAUCGAGCAGACACUCCUGAAAUUCUGGUUGCAGCGGGCUCGAUUGUCCUCGGCCGAGAGCCAUGCAAAUCGUAUCCAGGAUGGGCGGUUGUUGCACCCUGGCCGGACAAGACGACCUCGUACUUCAGGCCCGGCGGCUCUUCGCCAGGGUGGAUCGUGGGACGCAUUAGCCAAGAACAUGGCAUACUCACAUGGGAAGGCAGGGCGGAGCAGAUGCAGCCGCUCGAGGUUGGAGAGAAGGUUCUUCUCUGGCCCAAUCACGCAUGCAUUGCCGGCGUGAAUUUCGGGUGGUACUUGGUAGUGGAUUCGGAUGAGGCGGACCCCGAGAUGAUCCAGGAUGUCUGGUUGCGCUGGCGAGGCUGGUAGGAUUGGCGGUCGGCGUGUAACAUUAGCAGGAUAGUUACAGAUAUAGGUAGGUACAGCAUGCGUCGCUUAGAGGGAGUGUAGGGAAUUCAUUACUCGCUCGGUGGGUCGGAAGCCGCGUGCCACAUAGAGUACCUAAUUGUAUGGGUGGGCGGUUUCACAUCCAGCA